AUGGCCGCGGAGCCGGGCCCGGGCCGCCGCUGCCGUUACAGGCCCGGGGGGCGGCUGGACAUGAGCCACGGCUUCGUGCACCACAUCCGGAGGAACCAGCUGGCCCGGGACGACUACGACAAGCAGAUGAAGCAGGCGGCCUCGGAGAAGGGCAGGAGGCGGCACACGGCCGCCCCGGCUCGGCCCCGCAAGCCCGACCGGCAGGUCUACCUGCCCCGCCGCCGAGCCAGCGAGCCCCCCGCCCCCCAAGGCGCCGACUACGAGGAGUCCAGCGGCGGCAGCUCGGACCCGGAGCCGCCCGGACCCCAGCUCUUCUGCCUGGAGUACGAGGCGGACAGCGGGGAGGUCACCUCCGUCGUGGUCUACCAGGACGAUGACCCAGCCAGGGUAAGCGAGGCGGUCUCGGCCCACACCCCCCUGGACCCUGCCAUGCGCGAGGCCCUGCGACGGCGCAUCCAGGAAGAGAUGGCGAAGCGGCAGAGUCUGCAGUGACCGCGCCACGUUCCCCGCGGAGGGGGCGAACCCCCUUCUCCCCGGCUGCCCCCGGAGGGGCCGGGGGAGCUGCGGGUUGGACCGCUAGCGAGGGGGGAGCCGGGCUCUGCCCGCGGCCGGGGGACACCUCCCCUAGUCGGCUGCAGCUUGAGGCCCCUCUCCUGAGGGAGAAGAGGUUGUCGAUCCACAGGCCUGGGCCUCCUUCGAGGGUGUGCGCUGACCCCUGCCUCAGGCAGUGACCCGGGCUCUGGCCUGCCGCCUUGGUGGUCCAGGGAGGGCCCUCGGGGGACAUUUCGCCCAACCUCACGCCUUGCCAGUGAGGAAAUCGUGGUGGUGUUAGAGAACAGCGCAGUGAGCCAUUCGCUCGCUCUCCCUCUGGGGUCCAGUUAAGUUCCGUGCCAACUUCCCGAAGCUGUCUGUGUGCCAUACGACCCCCUUUCCCACCUGGCCGUCCCUGCUAAGCAGGGAGCCCUGAUCCUUAUGGUGAACGAUCUCCUACCCCAGUCCUUACUUCACCCCAUCCCGGUUUUUGUACUGCUUCCCUGUUCACACCCUCUCUGUGUGUCCCCGGGAAACGUCCGCGGCUGUGCGAUGCUCGGAAUAAAGGUACCGACAAAGGGUGGCC